CGUGCAGGGGAGUCUGCCGCUGGCCCGAGUAUUUGCAGACGAGCGCGAUGCAUGUGAGCACCAGCGCCACGUAGAUAGCGAACAGAGCGAUGAAGUCCAUGUGUCACCUGGCAGCUUCACAGACACGAGACGACGACGACGACGACAACAACAACAACAACAAACAGGUGUUUGAGGCACAAACUCACCACGAGCAGGGAGAGAACGCACCCAGACGCUGUAGUUCACGUCGCUUUAUCUAUUUAUUUAUUUUGCUGGAACACGGGUAAGACUUUUGAACCGAACAAGACCGGGCGCAUCUUCUAAAAAAAACGAACAACCCCACUCGCCAUGACUUUUUCGUUAGCAUGCUAACGUUCGGUCAGUGCACACGAAGUGCUCCACACAAAGCAACAAGGCAUGACAAGACACCUGCUGGAUCUGGUUGCAGACAUGGCCACACACUCAUAUUACAGCUCACAGCGCUGGAGAGGCGAGAGUGUUGCUCGGGAGCUGUGUGUUGCACAUCGAUGGAUGCUGUUUAAAAAGUUCUCAGCAUGCCGUCGUCCAAUCAGGGCUGGCCCGAGGAUUUCGGCUUCCAGCUAGGUGGGAAUGGACCCAGCUACAUCCUCUCUGUGGAGGAAGGCAGCAGUGCCCACCUGGCGGGGCUGCAAGCCGGGGACCAGGUCCUGGAGAUCGAGGGCCACAAUGUGUCGACACUUGGUCCGCAGGCCGUCAUGGCCAUCGCCCAGACUCAGAAGAACAUCCCUCCCAGUAUCGGAGUGGUGUCCCGUAUACAGCAGAUGGACAUCAUUCCAGGUCCAGAUGGUCGCUUUGGGUUCACCAUCGUAGGAGACUGCCCCCUGCUAGUGGAGGACUGCUCUCCUUGCUCGCCAGCCGGCCGUGCUGGUCUGCGGGCCGGGGAUUACGUCAUGGAAGUCAGCGGCAUCCCCGUGAGGCAGCACGAAACGGCCGCGGCGCUGAUCAAGGCCUCCCAGGGGACGACGCUCCGUCUCGGGGUGCUGUGCCUCGGCGCGAGGCAGAACCGCUGCAUCAGCAUAGAGGACAGUCAGAUGGGAGGAGAGGGGACAAGGCUGGACCGUAAACAUAAAGCUCUGGAGUUCAACAAGAAGGUCGACCAGAUUCUGGGUGACGAACCCGAGGUGAAAGACAAACUCUUCACUGUGCUGAAGCAGUAUGCAGCAGAGAAGAGAGUCGAGUGGUUGGCCUCUGUCCUGCCGGAGAUACUCACCACCGAUGAGCAUCGGCAGCUCAUCUCCAGCAUCAGAAUCUUCAUCCCGAAGAAACACCGGCAGCGCUUCGACGAUGCCGUCUCCCAGAACGUGAUCAACCGGCUCUGCCGCAGCAAGAGCAUCAGCGAGCCGCAGGGCCGAGUCCGACGCAGCCGGAGCGAGGACCACUCCGAGCGCCACCACGGGUCCAAACGGGCCAGCUCUGUGCCCAGGGAUGGAGGAGAACCCGGAGGGAGGGGUGAAACGGAGAGAGAGAGGGGCCUGAGGAAGUCUGUCUCUGGGAUGCCCGCACACCCCCCCAUCGGACCCAAUCAGAGGAUCGUUCGUGUCUACAGGGGGAAGAAGAGCUUUGGCUUCACUCUGCGAGGCCACGCUCCCGUCUGCAUCGACUCGGUUAUCCCAGACAGUCCUGCUGAGGAAUGUGGACUGAAAACAGGCGACCGCAUUCUCUUCCUCAACGGACUGGACAUGAGGAACUGUUCCCAUGAGAAGGUGGUGUCCAUGCUGCAGGGCAGUGGAGCGAUACCUACUCUGGUGGUGGAGGAGGGCCCGUCGGACUUCUCUCCAGACGAAACCGACCUAGAGGACUCGCCUAGCCUGGCCCCCACCACGUUGCCUCGCUCCAGGUCUCCAGCAUUAAGCUCUUUGCAGUGGGUGGCAGAGAUUCUUCCACCAAGCAUCAAAGUCCACGGGCGGACCUUCAGUCAGCAGCUGGAGCACCUGCUGACCAUCCAGGAGAGAUACACAGUCUGCAAGUCCCUGGAGACGUUCUUCCAGCACAGGAACGUGGACACCCUUAUAGUAGAUGUGUUCCCAGUGUUGGACACUCCAGCCAAACAGCUGAUCUGGCAGUUCAUCUACCAGCUGCUGACCUACGACGAACAGGAGCGCUGCCAGAGCAAACUGUCGCGCUUCCUGGGUUUCAAGAGCAGCGCAGUGUUAGAGCCCGACGUCGGUCCGGAGCACCACCGGCGGAGCAGCUCCAUGCGCGUGACGGGGACGUCGUACCGCGGCAUCGUCCGAGAGAGGAGCUCCGACGACUGCAUCAUCGGGACUCACCUGGGAAUGGGAAUUCAUGUCGAUGAAUCUGGGAGCCAGGAGGAGAGGCAGUCAGGAGAUGGAACCUCCUUCCCGGAGUCUCCUGACCUCAAUCAUAUGACAGGUGUGUACACGGAGCUGGAGAACGUGUACGCAGGGAAGGCUGUGCCCCCGCUGCAGGGUGGCUCCUCAGGAGAGCCUGAGAGGCCGGGACAGACUGAGGCCUACGGGCGCUCUCUCUCCCCCCUCACACUCCCCCCUCUCACAGGUAGCCGUAAAUCCGGCCUGUCCCUGUCCUGGAAGGAGCCUCUGCCCACUCCUGUGUAUGAGAUCCGCCACCAGAGCAGCGUGGAAUCCAACCCUUACGUCAGCCUGGAGAGCCCCCCCGCCUCCCCGCACCACCCGGACAGCGGGCCCAACACGCUGACCCGGCGCAAGAAGCUCUUCACCUUCUCCCGCCCGCCCCGCAGCCGGGACACCGACAAGUUCCUGGACGCCCUGAGCGAGCAGCUCGGCCACCGGAUCACCUUGGUGGAUGACUUUGUACCCGGCGAGAACGACUACGAGGAGAUAUAUGAAGGUGAUUGUCAUGGUUUCAGAAGAAGAGGUGUGCCUAUGAGUUUCCAGGAGGACCAGGAGCUGGGCUUCAUGCCUCGGCAGCUCAGCAGCGGCAGCAGCGAGGAUCACACCAGCAGCGACGAGGCCUCCUCUCCCUCCUACUUCUCUGAAUCGGAGCCAAUCCCACCUCCUCCCACCCAAAGCCCCCCGCCUCCGCCGCCCUUCCAGGCUCUGAUACCCCCUCCCGUCCAGUUCACCGACCCUCUCCCGCCCGUCCGCUUCUCCCCCGAGCACACCCCCCGCAGCCGGAUGCCCUUCCAGCCGCACCACCCCAUCAUCCCUCCGCCCCCGCCCCCUCCGCGAAGCCUCCUGUCCGGCCGCUCUCCUCGACACAAAGUUCUCCCCAGCAGAGAGGAAGUGGAGAAAACUCACCAGCGCUUCCAGACCAACUCAUCCCGUCUCACGCACAGCCACGCCCUCCUGGGCUCCACCACCCUGCGCUCCUCGCAGCCGUCCCGCCCCUGCUAUCUCCCACGCCAGCUCAGCCAGCCACAGCCUCUUUGCCAGACGUCCCCCCUGCCCUCCCCUCAGCCGCUGAGGCCGAGCCAGCUCGUCCUCCAGAGGCACCACCAGCUCCACCACCAACACAGCUACCAGGGCCCACUGCCGCCCUCUCUGCAGGAUGACAGCGCCUCCCAGUGCACGAGCCGAGGCCCCGUGGCCUCAUCGCUGCCCUCCCAGCCUCCAGCGUCUCACUCCUCCCUCACCAAGACGUAUGAAAGCACACGGAAGGAACAACAGUCACAACAGUCACAGCAGGCUCCACCACCUCCGCCCCCGCCCCUGCCCCCACCCUGUGACCCGCCUCCGCUGCCCAAGUCCGGCAAACACGCGGCGGACACCAACCACAUGAGUGUGAAGAGGCUGCGCUGGGAGCAGGUGGAGAACUCCGAGGGAACCAUCUGGGGCCAGCUUGGAGAGGACUCGGACUAUGACAAGCUCACCGACAUGGUGAAGUUCUUGGACCUUGAUCUGCACUUUGGGACCCAGCGCAGAUCCAUCUCUCCUCCAGAGCCAGCCGUCCUCCCAGAGAACUUUAAAAAGAAAGACGUGGUGGAGAUCCUGUCUCAUAAGAAAGCCUACAACGCCUCCAUCCUCAUCGCCCAUCUGAAGCUCUCCCCCGCCGAGCUGCGUCAGGUGUUGAUGAACAUGACCACCAACAGGCUGGAGCCGGCCCACAUCAAGCAGCUGCUGCUCUACGCCCCCGACGACGACGAGGUGAAGCAGUACGAGCAGUUCGACCAGGACCCAGCCAAGCUGAGCGAGCCCGACCAGUUCAUCUUCCAGAUGCUGAUGGUGCCCGAGUACAAGACCCGCCUGCGGAGCCUCCACUUCAAGACGACCCUGCAGGAGAGGACGGAGGAGAUGAAGGUCGCGUACGACUACAUCUACAAGGCGUCAGUGGAGCUGAGGAGCAGCAAGAAACUGGCCAAAAUCCUGGAGUUUGUUCUGGCGAUGGGGAACUACCUGAACAACGGGCAGCCAAAGAGCAACAAAACAACCAGUUUUAAGAUCAACUUCCUCUCUGAGCUGAGCACGACCAAGACUGUGGACGGAAAAUCCACCUUCCUCCACAUUCUGGCCAAGUCCCUGUGCCAACACUUCCCUGAGCUGCUCAACUUUUCCAGAGACCUGACGACGGUGCCUCUGGCCGCCAAGGUGAACCAGAGGAACAUCGCCACGGAGCUGAGAGACCUCCAUGCCACCAUCCAGGACAUCAGGACGGCCUGUCUGAAGAUCCCGCCCACCUCCGAGGACCACUUCGCUUCUGUCAUGAGCAGCUUCCUGGAGAACAGCCACCCUGCGAUCCAGUCCCUGGAGUCCCUGGAGAUGCGAGCGAUGGACGAGUUCUCCAAGGUGGCCUCCUACUUCGGGGAGGACGGCAAGGCCAGCAGCACUGAGGCUUUCUUCGGCAUCUUUGCCGAGUUCGUGUCCAAGUUCGAGAGGGCGCUCAGCGAGACCCAGACUUCGGAAAACCCCAGGAGCCCCAGGCUGUCUUCGCCUCCGGCCUGGUAGAAGCACGGCGUGUGGGCGGACGUCGGGGCCAAAACCGCCGAGGCCGGUCGGCUCCAUUUUUCACUCUGCUCUCCGCAACCGAAGUGCCAAGAUUUCACACACACACACAGAGACACACUCCAACCAACGGGAACAGACACCACGUCAUCUACGGCAAGCAGAAAGAGACCAAAAGAAGCGGGAAACACACCGCACCUAUCUGUAGAUAAGUAGAGCGAGUGUCGUCCGUCCCCCCCGUGUGCAGCAGUGCUGUUAUUCUAGGUGCUGUGUAGAGCAGGAACAUUCAGGUGUCCACACGUCAACACACACACACACACACACAGACACACACAACACACACACACUGUAGAGAC